UCACAGGAGAGGGGGGACCUUUGAACCGUUUGGCUCCCGCUCUCCACGUGGUGUCGCAUAGGACGACAUCAUCCAGCCCAGUCUCACGGACGGUCAGUCUUCAUCGGUAUGUCGAGCUGACAACACCUACAACUCAGAAAUUCAAACGUUUUUUUUGAAUCGUGCACAUCGUUUACUUUCGUUACACACAACCGACGUUGCAAGUGAUUUCCAACAUUCGUUCACUUCGCCGAGAAGAACCCCCCCCCGCGUCUCUUUUGGGUGUUUUUCAUUUCGUUUCUGUGCAAUUGCCAUCGAACAACGCAGAACAUUUGGCUGAAAAUGCCAUCGCACCCGGCCGCCAGUACCUGGGACGACAAAGAGUCCGUUUCCAGGACGAUGCUCUACAAAAAGAUCACCAAGCCGUUACUGGAACGACAGAGACGUGCACGAAUCAACCGGUGCCUGGACGAAUUGAAAGAGUUGAUGAGCGCCGCUCUGGCGGCUGAAGGUGAAAAUCUCACGAAAUUAGAAAAGGCCGACGUGCUCGAACUGACCGUACGUCAUCUGCAUCAACUGCAUCGCGAGGGCGAACUCAGCCUGAACGCUUCCGGCGGAGGUGUAGGAGGCAUUUUCAACCGACCGCCAUCCGGAGCAGCAGCGGCCGCUCCGGCCGAUCGACGUCGAUACCAGGGUGGCUUCUUGGCCUGCGCGCAACAAGUGGCUUCUUACGUCAUGAAAACGCCCGGGCUAGAGCCUGGACUGGGUCAGAGAUUGUUAGCUCACCUGGCCAGAUGUUCGCAGCAAAUCUCGCCGGAAUCGACUGCACCGCCUCCUCCUGUGCUCGGAUUAGCCGGAUUGCCACCAGCGCCGCAGCAGGACGCUAAUUUCGCUCCUGUCUUCCCAUCGCUCACACUUCCGGCCGACUAUCAGGCGUCGGCAGGGCGGGAGUAUUCCAUCACGGCCCAGUUUCAAGUGUACAGGCCGCCGGUAGCGCCGCAACCGUUGCGCAUGACGCCCGACAUGACGGCCGCUCACGCGACCGAAGGCAAUUGCGGAUCGUCCGACGAAUCGACUUCGCCCGGAAGCAAACGAAGGGCUUCUCCCGAUUUCCCGCACAUUCCCAAGAAGCGCUACGCGCAUUUCAACUUCGAAGCGGCCGAUUGCGGACGCAUCGGCACCGAAUCGGAAUCGGAACCCGUGGCCGGCACGUCCGCCGCUGCGGCCCACCCGUCUGAUUGUUACGUGGUCGAAAGCCAAAUCGUUCAACUCUCUCCUCGACCUCCUUCGUCCGCCGACGGCAAAGAUUCCGAUUCCAUGUGGAGGCCUUGGUAAAGGUUUCCACCAUCGCAAUCAUUCCGCUAAGACAACAACAACACCAACAACAUUUGUGAUCAUCCUCCCACGUCUGUCGUCUUUCACGACAGCUGUUUUCCUUUGGUUUUGUGUACUAAAUCCCGAAAAUAGAAGAAGAAGAAGAAGCGAAAUGUUUUGUUUUUUUUUUUGGUUUGUUGUGUUUGUUGUGUACACGGAAUGUUGGCUCGCCUCGAGAUUCCGAUACGGCCGGAACAACCGGAUGUCUUUCACUUUCGCAUUGUGGUUGUAUUUUGUGAGCGGAAUUCACACGUGCCUCUUCUUGGGGUUUGGCCUUGUGCGUUCGUACUCUUCCGCAUUUCCCACAUCGUUCAUGUAGCCAAUCCGAAGGAGAAAUGAAAAAGAAAAAGAAAAACAAAAGUUAAUCAUAAAAUAGUUAUACGAAUUUCACAUAUUGAAAAUGUAAUUGAAUGGCUUCCUAUUGAUCUCUUCUCAUUGAACGUUGAUCGAAAAAAACAUCUUUUCUUUUUUUUUCUUCUAAAUUGGAAUUGAAAGAAAUUAAACUUUUAACUAGUAUCAUUAUAUGACCCAGUUUGAAUAGAAAAGCGGGCAGAAAAACCGCACGCAACAAAACCAUCGAUGUGUCUUCCACCGUUUUUCGAUUUCUCUAAUCUCGUUUAUGAUUGUCUGCCAGUUUCAAAAGGAAAAUCUUGUGUGUGUCCCUAUGUAAUGUACAUAAAACUGUGAUCGAAAAAAACAAACAAAACAACAACAACAAAACAAUGAUUAUUCUUUCUUAUUUUUUUUUUUAUUUUUACUUGUGCUGUGUUUGAGAGAGAAACUAUCCCUUAAUAAACAUGUGUGUGCGCUUCA